CAGCCUUUUUACUGCUUGACUUGGGAGCUGACAACAGCUAAGGCCUUUCUGCUCUCUCCCUCAAACCCUGUGCUCUUCAAGCAAGAGAAAAAAUGGAUCCCACCAAGGAACUAAAAGAAGAACUUCGGCUUUAUCAAUCUACUCUUCUACAGGAUGGACUGAAAGAACUUCUAGAUGAAAAUAAAUUUGUCGAUUGCUUCCUGAAAGCUGGAGACAAAAGUCUACCUUGUCACAGGCUGAUCCUUGCAGCCUGUAGUCCUUAUUUCCGGGAGUUCUUCUUGUCUGAGGAAAGCGAAGAGAAGAAGAAAAACGUGGAGCUGGACAACGUUGACCCAGCUGUGAUGGAAGCCAUUCUUAAGUACCUCUACUCUGCCGAUAUUGACCUUAAUGAUGGAAAUGUCCAGGAUAUUUUUGCAUUGGCCAGUCGUUUCCAGAUCCCAUCCGUCUUCACCGUAUGUGUCACCUACCUCCAGAGGCGCCUCUCAACCGCGAAUUGCCUGGCUAUCUUCAGGUUAGGCCUACUUCUGGACUGUCCACGUCUUGCAGUCACUGCACGCGAUUAUGUGUGUGAUCGGUUCAACCAUAUAUGUAGCGAAGAUGACUUUCUGCAGCUCGCUCCACACGAACUGAUCGCUGUCAUUUCUAGCGACGCCGUAAAUGUUGAAAAAGAAGAAACUGUGUUUGAGGCCGUGAUGAAAUGGGCCAAGACGGAUAAGGAGAACAAAGUGAAGACCCUGGCAGAUGUCUUUGACUGCAUAAGAUUUCGUCUUAUGACCGAAAAAUAUUUCAAGGAUCGUGUCGAAAAGGAGGAGCUGUUUAAAGAUCCUGAAAUCCAGAAGAAGAUUAAGGUCAUUAAAGAUGCCUUCGGAGGCAAACUGCCUGAACCACCCAAAGAUAAGGCAGGCGAUAGUGAUGUUGGGGAUGAAGACUUACUUCCCGGAUAUCUGAAUGACAUUCCUAGACAUGGCAUGUUUGUCAAAGAUCUUGUCAUAAUGAUCAGCGACACAGCUACAGUGGCUUAUGAUCCAGUAGAAAACGAAUGCUACUUGGUAGCUCUGUCCGAGCAGAUUCCAAGAAAUCAUUCCAGUAUAGUCACCAAAUCGAAGCAAGUGUAUGUCAUUGGCGGGCUGUAUGUGGAUGAAGAAAGCAAGGAUAGCCCUUUAAAGUCCUACUUCUUCGAGCUGGACAGCAUUGGUGGGGAAUGGAUUGGGCUACCACCACUUCUGUCAGCCAGAUGUCUUUUUGGCCUGGGUGAAGCCGACAACUGUAUCUAUGCCAUUGCUGGCAAAGACCUGCAGUCUGAGGAGUCGCUUGAUACAGUCUUUGCUUAUGAUGUUAAAUCAGUAGCUUGGAACGAAGCAAAGAAACUUCCUGUCAAGGUUUAUGGACAUUCUGUAGCGUCACACAAUGGACUCGUCUAUUGUGUUGGAGGAAAAACAGAUGACAAGAAAUGUACUGGAAGAAUGUUUGUAUUCAAUCCCAAAAAAGGCGACUGGAAAGAUCUUCCUCCAAUGAGAACAGCUCGCUCAAUGUUUGGUAUUGCUGUGCAUAAAGACAAGAUCUUUGUCGCUGGUGGUGUUACAGAGGAAGGACUGACCGCAUCAGUGGAAGCCUAUGAUAUUGCCACAAACAAAUGGGAAACGAUACCAGAAUUCCCACAAGAAAGAAGUUCCAUCAACUUGGUUACUUCAGCUGGAUCUCUGUAUGCUAUUGGAGGGUUUGCAAUGGUUCAGCUGGAAACAAAGGAAUUUGCACCUUCAGAGCUCACAGACAUAUGGAAAUUUGAGGAUGACAAGAAGGAAUGGAGUGGGAUGCUGAAGGAAAUCCGAUACGCCUCAGGAGCCACCUGCCUGGACUCUCGCCUUAAUCUAUUUAAGCUGACAAAGCUGUAAGACUAGAAUACGUGGCUGAUGAUGAAAGUGUUACCAUAUUUUUGUUCGCUACUAAUUGUUUUAAACUAAAGAAAGGUUGUACAUACAUUUAUAGUUAAAUUAAUAAAGUUUUGGAAACCAGA